AUGACACCACAAACCGUAGCGCCCAACAAGCCAGGAAAUCCUGUCGCGCACUACCAUGAAAGGCGGUUUGCACUCGGAUUCGGCACCUGGCUCUCUGGCAUCCUCGUCCUGGGCCUGGCCGCUGCAAUCGUCGCAAAAGCCCGUCCUAGCCCGCUGCGCUUCGCAGCUUCCUAUAACGUCGCCGCUGCCACACUCCAAUUCAUCCUCAUCUUCUUCGGCAGCUCAAAGCCCGCCUCGGAAACAGACCCGCGGCCGCCCCAGCGGGCGACUGCGGCGCUGGUAGUUUCGACGCUUAUCUGGGCCGCUGCAUUCCCUGUUAUGUUUGUGUUUGCUAGCGACGAUGAGGCGUUUCAGGUGCUUGAUUUGAAGAAGCGUGGUGUGUUGGAUUUGGGGUUGAGUGUCGUGAGUGGGUUGGAGAAUAUCACGCUUGCUUGUGGGGCGUUUGGGGUUUCGGCUUUCUUGUGUGUCCUGGUUCAGUGGUAUUAUACUAUUCGACUAUAUCAGGGUGGGUUUGAAAGGGAGCAUGUGAGGGCGGCAUACCAUGAUUAG